CACACAAUACAGCUCUUCCUAGAAAUAUCCGUGAUAGCUCCUCACUGUUUGUGAUUCCUUCCUUCAUGGCUGCUCAACCUGAUACUGCUCCAGCAGAUCUCGUUCACGUAUUCUGGCACGAGGGGAUGCUCGGCCAUGACGCCGGCACCGGCGUAUUCGACACCGGAAUGGACCCGGGUUUUCUUGAGGUACUGGAAAAGCACCCAGAAAACUCAGACAGGGUCAAGAACAUUGUUUCAAUCCUCAAAAGGGGUCCUAUCUCAACCUUCAUUUCAUGGCACUUGGGCAGACCUGCUCUCAUCUCUGAACUCCUAACUUUUCACACUCCAGAAUAUGUGAAUGAACUUGUCAAAGAAAAUAGAAAUGGGGGGAAGAUGCUCUGUGCUGGGACUUUCUUGAAUCCUGGCUCAUGGGAUGCUGCUCUUCUAGCUGCUGGCACUACGUUAUCGGCGAUGAAGCAUAUACUUGAUGGGCAUGGGAAAAUUGCUUAUGCGUUGGUUAGGCCACCUGGUCAUCAUGCUCAGCCUACUCAAGCUGACGGGUAUUGCUUUCUUAACAAUGCGGGUCUUGCUAUUCAAUUGGCUUUGGCUUCUGGUUGUAAAAAAGUUGCAGUGGUUGACAUAGAUGUUCACUAUGGAAAUGGCACUGCAGAGGGGUUUUACCACUCUGAUAAAGUUCUCACUAUUUCCCUUCAUAUGAAUCAUGGUUCGUGGGGUCCAUCUCAUCCACAGAGAGGAACUAUUGUUGAGCUUGGUGCUGGGGAUGGCCUUGGGUAUAAUUUGAAUAUACCUCUCCCAAAUGGGACUGGGGAUAGGGGAUACGAGUAUGCCAUGACAGAGUUGGUUGUCCCGGCUGUUGAAAAAUUUGAGCCUGCUAUGAUAGUUUUGGUUGUCGGCCAAGACUCAAGUGCUUUUGAUCCGAAUGGAAGGCAAUGCUUGACAAUGGAGGGUUACCGAGAGAUUGGGCUGAUCAUUCGUAGUCUGGCUGAUAAGCACAGCGAUGGACGCCUCCUGGUUGUGCAAGAAGGUGGAUACCAUGUCACAUACUCAGCUUAUUGUCUGCAUGCAACACUUGAAGGUGUGCUCAACCUUCCACUUCCUCCGUUGUCUGACCCUAUUGCUUAUUACCCGGAAGAUGAGGCGUUGUCCAUUCAAGUUAUUCAAUCCAUUAAACAGUACCAGAAAGAUACAGUACCAUUCUUAAAUGGAGCUUAAUCAGAAGUUAUUUUUUUUUACAGCUUGUGUUGAGUUUAUAUUUGCUUUUUUAAGUGAGAUGUAAAAUUUCGACAGAUAACUGUGUGAACAAUUAAUAAUAUGAUUAUCUUUUAUGA